UGGACUGGCAGAUGCAUUUGUUACUUAUUUACAUAAUAAUCCACCUAGCAGUCGAUAGUAUACCCACAUUAGUAACUGAUUCUGGUGCGGAAUCCUGCUGCAAUGAGCUCAUUACCCAGGGAGCAACACAAUGGAGCAGGCGGACAGUACAGCUUCCCGACUGCGAUGGAUUUGCGUCUGUGGUUUGGCCGUCUCGGUGUAUUCACUGUAUGUGAAAAUGAAGCUGACGGAGGACGAGAACUAUAAGCCAAUGUGCGACGUGAACGAUAACAUGAGCUGCUCUCUAGUUUUUAAAUCAGGUUAUGGUGAUGGCUUUGGUCUGGGUAGUAUAACCCAAGUAAAUGCGCCCAACGGAGCCAUCGGUUGUAUAUUUUAUGUCCUCUACUUUUUGAGCUCUUUCUUUCAUCAUCGUUGGCUGUGCUUGGCCCAGCUGAUAAUAUGCACUUUGACAUUACUGCUCUGCGUUUAUCUGGGAUUCCUGCUGCUUUUCGUGUUUUACGAUUGCUGUUUGGUGUGCGUGGCCAUCUACUUCAUACACACAUGGCUCUUUCAGGAAGUCCUGCGGCGAUAUAGACGGCUUUAUAUGUAAGAUUAAGUCAAGCUAAGCUGAAAUUAAGAAAUGAAAUUAAAGAUAAAGACCGAAGUUGAGCUACUAACCAGUGAGUUAUUUUAAACUGUCGACGUGUUAUGGCGCAUAUCUGAAUCAUCAUCUCUCGUCUUUUGACCCACACAUCUGGCUGAAAGCCGGAUGCUGAGC